CUUCAGUUACGGAGGGGAGAAAUCCACACACUCAAAGACCAUCUGUUAAAAAAUAAAAAUAAAAAUUCAAAAAUUACAAAACCCUCUUUCUCUCCCUCACCGAUCGCUUUUGAAGCUUCGAAAACAGAGUCAUGGCUGCCGGAAUUCCCUCCACUGCGAGCAUCAGAUCAUACCGUUUCGGCCGAAAUCCUUUUCUCAUACCCAAACCUAACUCCUCCACCGUCGGCAACUGCUUCCUCUUCCUCUCUCCUCCGACUCAGCUCACCGGCCGGAUUUUCCCAUCCACCAGAAGCAGGAAUCUCACCAUCUGCUUCGUGAUGUCAGAAAAGAAGCAGCAGAAUCUAAUCGGCGAAAAGGCAGAAGAAAAAGAAGAAGAAAUCGAGCAGGAGAGCUUGGAUGAGAAUCGGAAGAUCUCAGCCGUUCGUGUGGCUGAGAAAAUGGCCAGGAAGAGAUCGGAGCGGUUCACGUAUCUAGUGGCCGCAAUGAUGUCGAGCUUUGGAAUCACAUCUAUGGCCAUCGCUGCCGUUUAUUACAGAUUCUCAUGGCAAAUGGAGGGCGGAGAGAUACCCUUUUCGGAAAUGUUCGGUACAUUCGCUCUGUCCGUCGGCGCGGCUGUCGGAAUGGAGUUCUGGGCGAGAUGGGCGCACAGAGCGCUCUGGCAUGCAUCGCUGUGGCACAUGCAUGAGUCUCAUCAUCGGCCGAGGGACGGUCCGUUCGAGCUGAACGAUGUUUUCGCGAUCAUCAACGCCGUUCCCGCCAUCGGCCUUCUCUCGUACGGAUUCUUCAACAAAGGCCUCGUUCCCGGGCUUUGUUUUGGCGCCGGGCUGGGAAUCACCGUCUUUGGCAUGGCCUACAUGUUCGUCCACGACGGCCUUGUCCACCGUAGAUUCCCUGUGGGGCCCAUCGCUAACGUCCCCUACUUCCGCAAGGUUGCCGCUGCUCACCAGAUACACCAUUUAGACAAAUUCGACGGAGUGCCUUAUGGGCUGUUCUUGGGACCAAAGGAAUUGGAAGAGGUUGGAGGCACUGAAGAGUUGGAGAAGGAGAUUAAUAAGAGAAUUAAGCUCUCUAAAAAUUCAACAAUAGUGUAGUUGGUGUGUGAUUAGGAAACUGUGUGUGACAGUAGUCUUGACUGCAAUGUAUAAAGAAAGAGGGAGGAAAAAUGACAGAGGGGUUUAUACCCUAUCACAAUGUUGUAGAGGUACAGAAGGAAUGAUAUAUAAUGGAAUUUUGUCUACUUUCAA